AUGUUCAUUCUGGAGGAGCAGCGGUACAUUCAAGAGGAUCUCGAGCGCCUCGAACAAGCCAUCGCCGAUCGCGUACGCGACGAACCAAAGCACAUUCGCGAUCGAUUAAACCGAGACCAUGAAGUUGCGCAGCUCCUCGACCAAAUCCAAUCACAAUCGAAAGCCUUGCUAGGCAUCUACAAGGACGAAAAUGGCAGCCGCGCGAAGGAAAUUCAGCAAAUCGGUAGCGGGGACCCUUACGAACAAUUCUACAAACAAGUUGAGGAUAUACGAUCGCAUCAUGCGCGGUACCCAAACGAACAGGCAGAAAACUCGGAGCAGCGAUACAGGUCUCGACCGGACGACAUUGACAUGCCCUCUAUCGUCGACAAUAUUUUCAGUGGUGAGGAGGCCUACGGCCGCUUCUUUGACCUGAACUCGACAUACGAUGCGUACCUCAACCUGCCCAAUGUCAAGCGAGCCAACUAUUUACAAUUUCUCGAAAUCUUUGACCACUUUACGCCUGGCCAAGGAGGAUUGAAGCGAGCCGACAAGAUGACUGACCAGUACUUUAGCUACGUCGGUGGUCUGGCCGAUUAUUUGGAAGGCUUCAUGCGCCGAACGCGACCUCUGGAGGACGUUGACAAGAUCCUCUCCUCGUUUGACGAGGAAUUUGAUGCACAGUGGCAAAAGGACGAGGUGGAAGGGUGGCAAAGCAGUACCCCAGCGAACCGCAGUGCUGACAACCUUAGUACUCCUGACGCUGUAUGGUGUGCCGACUGCGAAAAAGAGUUCAAAAACCAAAACGUGUAUCAAAAUCAUUUGAAGGGCCGAAAGCAUAUCAAGGCUGCAGAGCAAAGGCAGGCGAGGCAAAAUGAGUCUGCCGGCGACUCUGCUGGCGCAAGCACAGUGUCGGCUUUGCGACUCAAGGAGCGCGCUAUUGCCCAGCGCGAAGACCGCGUGAAGCGUCUUGCCAGUGCUAUGACUACCGAACGUGGCGACACAAGGGUCAACGUGGAGCGCAAGCAGGGCAUGACGGAGCGUGAGCGCCAACAAGAAUUAGAGAAUCUUUUCAACUCUACCGAGCAUCAGCGCCAACAUGCUGGCGACGGUGAAGAUGAUGAAAACGACGAAGACGACAAGAUUUACAAUCCGUUGAAGCUGCCGCCAGGCUGGGACGGCAAGCCCAUCCCCUACUGGCUGUACCGUUUGCACGGCCUGGGCGUAGAGCUGACGUGCGAGAUCUGCGGCAAUUAUGUAUACAUGGGACGACGCUCAUUCGACAAGCACUUUAACGAGGCACGCCACAUUUACGGCCUCAAGUGUCUCGGCAUCACCAAUACUGCCCUGUUUCGAGACAUUACUGGCAUUGAUGAGGCACUGAGGUUGUGGGAGAAGAUCCAAAAGACGGAAAAGAAGGCUAAGGUCGACGAAGGGAGUGUCGUGCAGAUGGAAGAUGGCGAGGGCAAUGUCAUGCCCGAAAAGGUGUAUUAUGAUUUGCAGAAGCAGGGCUUGCUGUAA